AGAAGUUAUUCAUAUUUACUGCACCUUCGGCAAUAUCCAUUCUCUAAGAUCCACUACAUCAUUGAUUAUUUUCAAUAAAUUAUUGCUUGUAUUAAUAUAAAAUGGUGAACUGCUGAAGGUUGACACUGUCACUGUAUAACUUUAUCUUUUCAGUUUGGACAGAUGGACAUGCUGUGAAAACAAACAAACUCUUGUGUGAUUGUUUUCAUAGCAUUUCCAUCAGUCCACCUUCAGCCCCUUAAUGUAAAAAGUUUGGAACUAUGAUCUUGGCCUCCAAAAUAAGAUAUCCACAGUAAAGCAGAGUUUACAUUUUGCCAUUCUAAUGAUCUGUUGACGAGUCAGUUAACAGUAUGUUACUUGUAUUUUUUCUGUCAAUUACGUCUAAAGACAGACCAGAUUCCCCUUAAGUUUUGAGUACACAUAACUAUUCACAACAAGCACAACAAACCAUGGUACUGUGUGACAAAUAUUUUAGUAUGGCAAGAUUUGUUUCGCAGGAAGUUUCUCUGCUUGCUUAAGAAAUACAAACAACACCGAAUUUAGUAAAGACUCACACAGAACAAAAUAAUGGAAAAGAAUCCGUCAAACAUGACAAUAAUGCUCUGACUACUGAGUAAUAAUAGAAAUUAAGUAUGGAAAUACUUGCUCAAACUGACAAAAUGUACUCUUUUACGGUGGAUAUCCCUUUAAGAAGAGAAAACAAAGACAAGUUGACUGAGAAAUAGUUCCAAGCAAAGUUUCAUAAUCUUUUAAAUGUCUUUUAUGUAGUAACAUUGUUACUGUACUGUAUUUUAAGUUUCUUGGACCAACAACAGGUAAGUCGAGAAAUAUUUUUUUCAUUUUCAAUAUAUGUUAAUGUUAAAUGAUGCUACAAGACCUUCACACAUAAGAUCUUUCCCAUACAUUUAUAUCAGCCAAACAUUUUUAUGGGAUUUAUGGGAAAACUCAAUCCUCUGAUUGGCCUUUUUUUAUUGUAGACAAAGAAUUGUGAGGGUCGUGCUUUGAAAUCACUCUGACCCAAAGAGAAAAAGAUGUGUGACAAAAUGUGAACAUUUCACUCAAAGGAUUCAACAAACAGAAAUGACCAAUCAGGAAAAGGGAUUUGGUCGAAGCCGCUCCCUGAGUCUGCCAAAGCGGCUGAAUUCGAUGCCUUCAACCGGACUCCUGUCACCUAUGAGCAACCCUGGAACCCAGGCAUCCUUUUUACCAGCACAGAGGCAAACAUCCAUUCAAGAGAACGUCUACAAGCCACUGUCACCAUGGGAGGCGGCAUCCAGAAGCCCCAUUGGUUCAGUGGAUGACGCGUUUGUGUUUCAGAGCCUCCCGUCAUCUGUUGCCUCUAAUGUCAAAGCUGCAGGGCAACGCAGAUCUCUGCCGGAGCCACCAGACGAAUGGAAGCGCAGGGUGUCUCUUGACCCUGCAGCUCUCAGUAAGAGUCGUUAUCAUGCAGCCCCUGCUUUCCAGGCACCAUCUCUGAGCAGGACAUUUUCACCUGAGAAACCAGCCUUCUGCGGGCCCCCCUUCAGACCUGCACAGCCCCUUAGGCCUGGCAGUAGAUCCAGUAUUGGAUACAUGGGACAAGGCCCCAGUCCAACAAAGUGCCCUCCCCUCUAUACUGCAGUCCAGAGGAGUUAAGAUGAAGUCAGACGUGCAUCAGAGAAAGAGGAACAUACAUAUAUAUUAUCAUAAAUAAACAAAUAAAUAAAUUAAGUAACAUAUAAAAAAACAAUUGGCUAAAUUUGGCCCAGAAAGAUGGAAUAUGUUUGAUCCACGGUGAUGAAAUAAUAGGUUGUUGUUGACAUGUGUUGGUUAAAACUUGACCAAUAGAUCUGAGUGUUGGGAUUAUUUUAGACCAUUUAUUAUGUUUGUUUUAUAUAUUUGAUGGGAGUGAUGGGUCUCAGCAGCUAUCCUCGUUUGAGUGAUCACUUGGUUUAAAGAGCACAACAACUUACUGUAGCUUCUGUGUUGUGUUGCUGAUGGGAUAUUACCCUGCUGAGCAUUGAUGGGAGAUUUUGCAGUUGUGCAGAAAUCAUUCAAUCAAAUUUAGGACAGAAGUGGAUGAUGUUUUAAAACAAACUGUCAUUAGGAUAAGAUUAAGAAUGUGUUAUGCAAGUUAAAGUGAACGUGUAGUAGUUGAAAGAAAUUUGGUUUGGUUGCUUUUUUAUUUUUUAAUUGGAGUGGUGUUUGCUCACUGAAGAUGUUGGUAAUUGUUGGUUAUAAAUAUUUGAUGAGAAAUAAGGCGCUUUAAGAAACCUUGUGUGGCUUUUUCAUUCAUUUAUCUUUAGUUUAAAACUCACUGGGCCUUUGUGAUCGUUUUUCAUGUUGAUGUGACGUGCAAACUAUUUCACAUCUGAAUAUUUAAUUCAGUGGUAAUUGUUACAUAUGUUACUCAUCUUCUUUUAAUGACUUAUCUGCAUUACUAUUGCAGUAGCAAAUAUACAAAAGAAAGAACAUUUUAAUUCAUCUGUAGCCCUUUCUAGCGACUGCCUAUUGCCAACAUACCAUUUUUAUAUGCUCUUAGGAAGCUAGAGAGACAGGAAACAGGAAAGCAGCAAAGUUGCAAUAAGUGUUGCAUCCUAAAAUUGAUACUUGUUCAAACUGAAAAACUACGUGUGAGAUUUCAAAAUGGAUAAAAGCUUUUUUGCUAUUAUUAUCAAUAUAUUUUAAGUUUAAGAGGAAUAAGUGUUGCAUGCAUACAUUCAUAAAGUAUCCCACCUUUAGUCAUACACUGUGUGGUUUUAUAGUGUAAACAGAACCACAGAUUCUGUCUUCGAGUGUCAGGGUUUUAAGAUUUUUAAAAUUUCUAAUGUAGAAUUUUUUAGAAUUUAAAGAUUUUGAAUUGGGGUUUUGCCCAGCUGUGUUUGAUGAUUUUCUUGAAUAAAAUGUUUCUUUUUUUUUUUGCAUCUUUUAAACACAAGCUGAAAAAUUAAAAGACACAAAAAUGCUUUA